ACAGUGUUAAAUCUAAUUACAAUUCAAAAUGCGUUUGCAUCUCUAGAAAAAACGUCGCGUCAGCUUCAAAAAGUUGGGCAAGAUUCAAGAUUGAAAACUGAAGAAUUUCUUAUUAGUGAAAAAUAGUUUAUGACAGUUUAAUGAUCAUAAACUAUCAAGUGUAGUGUUACAAGAUGGAACUUCCAGACUGUCCGCCAGGUGCAGAAGGAUACCAGGACUCUGUUGUUGAAGUAGCCAAGAAACCUGAAAUAGAUGAUAAAUGCACCAAGGCUGAGCAAGAGUUUCAAGAUCAUCUCAACAGUUUGAAGAUCGAAGUAGAAAAUGGAACUAAGCAGUGCAUGGUCCAACGACGUGGUCGCGAUAUCUCCGGCAAGUGGAUAUAUUUGUGUUUUCCUUGCGCCGUCAUCUGCAGCGGCGAGCCCGUGUUGCAGACUCAUUUAUCGGGAAAGAAACACAAAAAUAAGUUGAUCAAUCAAACUAGGCCAUGGCCUUUAAGCAUAUUUACCGAGCAUCCUUAUGUUCGAAACGAGAAUGGCACUGGCAAGCAACAUGCAGUGAGCGAAGAAGUGAUUCAGAAAUUAUCGGAUGAAGUAGACUACCACAACAGGAAAUUGUCCGACUUAGACAUUAAAUACGAGAAGUACCGCAACGUGCAAUGUCAUAUACAGGAUAAUCUUGAUUCCAUAAAGGUGCCGUUGUUGGGCGUGGAGUACCUCGUGGAGCACCCCCCUGAGGAAGUACACCAUGAGCCGUCCUACAUAUGCACACUGUGCUCCAAGCAGGGCCACCCGCGAACUAUCGUCAACCAUCUUACCUGCUACAGUCACCGGUUCAACUACAUCUCGCUGCAUUUCCCCAAAGCGCAUUUGCUACUGGUGCGAUUCCGCGGACAGACGGACUACCGCGAGGCUGUCUCUGUCAUACUCCACCGGCUGUCGCUCUGUAUCCAAGACAAAUACGGUAGAUUGAAGCCUGUCCACAUCGAUAAGCAGGAGUACGAGAAAGAAAAAGACCUUAUACAUCAAUGGAUAUUUAAAGGAGAACACAUCACUGAGAAACCUGGAUGCACAUUUGAGGAGGUGGUAGACACUGAUCUGAUACAUUCAAUUGCUCAAGGACAAUCAACUAGAAAUGACAGGGUUUUUGACAAGAGGGAUCCUUCACCGCCCGUGGUUGCAGCUCCGACAAAACCCAAUUAUCGCGGAAGAAAGGUGGCAACACAGCAAGGUAACAGCGAUCUCUCGCUAUCGGACAUCAGUCCACCGAACGAAGAACGGACUUUUCGCAGAGACAAUAACGAUGUCUACGAAAAGAAACGUUACGAACCGUAUCCAGAUAGACGCCGCGACAGGCCGUCCCACUCGCGAGGGUUUUCACCCACGUGUGGGGAGAAAAAGCCAAGACCAUCUAAUUAUGAACAUAAAGUAAAAAUAACGGUGCAAAUGUGUGAGAAAGUUGAAGAAUCCGCAAAGAAAAUACUUGUGUACCACGAGAAAAACCCAGAGAAACAUCCACUCUAUCCUGAGGAAUGGAAGAAAUUCUGGAACAAGCGCUACAAGGAGAUACAGGCAGAGGGCAAAGACCCGUCCAAACAUGAUUUUAAACCGGAAUGGAUAUUGUACUGGACGAAUCGUAUGAAGGAGUUGCAUGAUGAAGAGGUUAAAUUGCAAGUAAACGAGUUAUAUCGUAGAAUGUGUUUGACACCGCCGGGCUUUUCACGCAAGUCCCCUGAGUCUCAAAAGCUGCAAGACAAUAGGAGGUCUCCAGACUUCAGAGGGAAAUCACCCGAUCUAAGAAGGAAGUUGCCUGAUCUUAGAAGAAAGUCACCUGAUCCUAGAAGGAAGUCACCUGAAUUUAGAAGAAAGUCACCGAUUCCUAGAAGGAGGACACCAGACCGUAGAAGGAGAUCGCCGGACCCAAGGCCUUAUGAUCCUCGGCGUAGGUCGCCUGAGACGAGAAGACGUACGCCGGAUUAUCGUCGAGAACUUAGAUCCCCGGAUGGACGUCGACCGCCGCCGAGGCGGACUCCGGAGCGGCGACGCUCGCCGCACGCCCGCAGUCCCGUCCACAGAGGGCGGAGCCCCGCGCGGAUGCACAUGCGGCCGGAGCCGCGCCGCAGCCGCAGCCCGCUGUCACGGCGCGACGCGGUGGUGCCGCUCCGCAAUCGCAGCCCCGUCUCCCGACAGCCGCAGUCCGAACAUGAACGCAAACAUUCCAGAGGGCGCAGCCCCGCGCGAACGCACAUCCGACUGGAGUCGACGCGCCGCAGCCGCAGCCCGCUGUCGCGGCGAGACGACGUGCAGCCGCUCAGGAACCGCAGCCCCGCCGCGCGGCCACACCUCGCGCCCUCCAUGCAGACCGUGCUCGUGUCCGACGACGAGCUCAGGCCAGAUGACGGUAUAUCGCCGUGGAAUUCAGACAACGAUAUAGAAUCGCUGGGGUCGGUCUCUGAAGUACGGUCGGUGCGACGUCGUUCUCGCGACGGCAGCGAAAUAUCGCGGGGGUCGCGCUCGCGGCACUCGGCGCACUCGGUCGCCACCGGCGGCGCGCGGCACGACCUCGGGCCCGUCGAGAACGUGGUCGCCACGCUGCGGCUACUUGUCGCCCUCGAAGACUACCUCGGCAGUCUCGGGCCCAAGAUACUCGACUUACUUACCGAUGCACUCAAAAUGGAAAAGGAGAAGGCGAACUCGUCGGAGGAUCUGCUGGACCGCGAAUCGGCCGUGGUGCUAAUAGAGACGGCGAAGGAGAAGCUGAAGGGCGCGUCGCAGGCCGGCCUGGUGGCGGCGGCUGCGGCCGGCGCGGUCCGCGCGGCCAUCGUGCGCGCCGCCGCCACGCUGCACGUCGCGGACAAGCGCGCGCGGCGCCGGGACCAGAAAAAACCUGAGGUCAAAGCCCCUGAAGCAGUUCCAGUAGCCGGUAUUGGCGAAGUGAACCGUGAAGAAAUAGCUCAGCAGAUGGCCGCCGCGCUCAUUGCCCAGGGCAAAACCGAUGUCUCCUCAGAAGAGCUGGCUCAACUGGUAGAUGCUGUAGUAGGCAUGGCUGAAGCGAAGAAGAGAGAAUCCAAUAAGAACUUUGAACAAACAAAUAUAUCUGCAAAACCUAAAUAUUCCUCGUCCUUGCAGAGUGGAACUGCUUCCGCUUUACAAAUGUUACAGUCGGCAUACGACGAGAAUGAUAAAAAGACCGAGAAAGAGGACGUACCAGACGCUAUGGAUGGUCUAUCCGAUUCUGAUCUCGAAACACUGCUCAAAAACUUUAACGAUCUCUCGGCGGAAGAACAACACAGCCUCAUAGCUUACUUGAAGAAGUUGGAAGCUCGGGAGCCACAACGCGUGGAGAGACUGCGGCAGUACGUCAGCGCGGCCGCGGCCGUCGAUACUGUGGAGGGCGUUACACACAAACAGAACGACGACAAGCUCGUCACUAUAGAGAGUGAUGACGAUGAUUAUACAGUUGAAGAGGUAUUUCAGUCGGCGACUCAAAAAGUAAAGGAAGAUCAAAUACGUCAAGAGAUGGAAAUAGUGAAAAAAUCUAUUGAGGAAUCAAAAGAACCAAUUCAGGAGAAACCUUCAACCACCCCAGUCGCAGUUGUGGAUCUUACGAAGAACAUAUCUUCUGCCACGGAUCUCUUAGCAUUAGUCCAGGCGAGUAUACAAUCAACCACUACACAGGUACCGGCGGUUACAUCCCAAGUUGCUGAUGUAGUGGCUAGUAGUCAGCAACCUAGGUCAUUUGGCGACUUGCCUGAACCACCUUUAGUAUCUUUAGAAUCUAUUGCAAGCAAUCCAGAGACACCUUCGCAAAACAGUGUUGCGAAACCGCUGCCAAGCUUAUUACUUAAUUUUAUGAAUGCUUCUACCACAAAUGUACCCCAGAAUGAUUCAUGGAAUAAUGCGUCCAUGCAAGUUGGCAGAGAUUCUACGAUUCAAGAUAGGGGUCCUAUGGGUCAAAUUAAUAGAGGACCCUUGUUCCAAGAUAAUCGAGGACCAAUGACACAGGAGAGUAGAGGUCCUAUGGUGCAGGAGAGUAGAGGUCUUAUGGCGCAGGAGAGUAGAGGUCCUAUGGUGAUGGAUAACAGAGGUCCUAUGAUGCAAGAUAAUAGAGGUCCUAUGAUGCAAGAUAAUAGAGAUUCUAUGAUGCAGGACAAUCGAGGACCUACAAUGCAAGAUAAAAGAGGUCCUAUAAUGCAAGAUAACAGAGGACCUAUGAUGCAAGAUAAUAGAGGACCGUCAAUGCAAAGUAAUAGGGGUCCUAUGAUACAAGAUAAUAGAGGUCCAAUGAUGCAAGAUAAUCGAGGACCUAUGAUGCAAGAUAAUAGAGGAUCUAUGAUGCAAGAUAGUAGAGGACCAACGAUGCAAAGUAAUAGGGGUCCUAUGAUGCAAGAUAAUAGAGGUCCUAUGUUCCAAAGCAAUAGAGAUCCUAUGAUGCAAGAUAAUAGAGGGCCCCAAAUGAGAGGCACUGGAUAUGGUAACUUUGAUUCAGAGUCUGAUUUCAAUCAAGGGCUCCCUAGAGGUAAUUUUAAUAACAUGCAAAAUAAUUACGACAAACAGUUUGGUGAACAGAAAAACUUUAGAGGCAGAGGAGGCGGUCGAGGCCCUAGGAGAGGCCGCGGCAGGGGAUACUAUUAAUUUGGUAUAUGUAACAUAAUAAAGUGAAAUAUGUUUAUGUAGUGUUUUAAGAAACUCAAUAAUCUAGUUAUUGUAACAACAUUUUAGAUUUAUUAUGAAAUA